AUGAUCGACAACAUUCUGACUUGGAAGAAUUUGGAAGCGUUCUCGGAUAGAAAAAUCUACUUGAUUCUCGAAAAGGUGUCGUACUUUCCAAGUAACACAUAGAACACUCGUUGACCCAGAUCGAAUCGGUGCUGUCUCCGUUGCCGGGAAUGCUCCAGGUCAGCCAUCCGGUCACCAUCUUCGGGGACCUGCACGGGCAGCUCGACGCGCUCGUCCGCUACUUCGAUUCGAUCGGAUACCCGCCAAAAGUGCAGUACCUCUUUCUGGGGGACUACGUCGAUCGCGGCGCCAAAUCGUUCGAGACAGUCAUGCUGCUCUUCUGCUACAAAAUCCGCUACCCUUCGAUGAUUCACUUGUUGCGCGGCAAUCACGAGUGCAUGAAGAUGAACCGAUUGUACGGAUUUCACGCCGAACUCAAGCACAAGAGAGAUACGACCAUGUGGAGGAGAUUCCAGGUUUCUGAGAUUGAGGGGACUGUAUUUAGAGUAGAAGGUAUUGUAGGACGUGUUCAACCAGCUGUCAAUGUGUGCUCGAGUCGGCGAGCGGAUCCUUUGUAUGCACGGCGGAAUCCCCCAGCACUGCACCUCGUGGGACGCCUUCCAUCGGCUCAAGAAGCCGAAAACUCCGAAGACGUGCGACGAGGGACUGCCCGUCGACUUGAUGUGGGCGGAUCCGACGCAGGACAAGACGAGCACGUUCGCUCUCAACACACAACGCGCGAUCUCGGUGAUAUUCGGAGAGAAAGCCGUCACCGAGUUCAUGAACCGUCUCGGGCUCUCGCUGAUCGUCCGUGCUCACGAAGUCUCCCAGUUGGGCUUCAAUUUCAUGUUCAAGAACAGACUGGUGACCGUCUUCUCGGCUCCCUACUACUGUGGAAAUGAGACCAAUUGUGGGGCGGUUAGCUGGAAAGUGAGGAUGUUCUGAUAACUACAAAGAUCCUUCAGGUGAUGCACGUGACUCCAAAGUACCAGAUCUCGUUCACAGUGCUCCGGCCACGCAUGCUUCCGAACGCGGAGAACGCGGAAACUGUGCGUCAAAUGGAGCAGAACUACAAGUCGUUCACCGCCGUCAGUCCGGAUCCGAAUCGCGGUCGUCACUUGGAAAAUCUCACAAAGACCGGAAAAACGAGCAAAGUCUAG